AUGGCGCUUCGGUCCAGGUGCUGGGAGUUGUUGUCGGUUCGCAGGAACCCGGGGCGUGGGGUCGCGGCGCUCUCCACCCGUCCCGAGCCCGGGCUGCAGCCGGAGGCGGACCCCCUGGGAAACGAAGCGGUGGCCCCAGAGUUCACCAACCGGAACCCGCGGAAUCUGGAGCUCUUAGCCGUGGCCCGGAAAGAGCGGGGUUGGGGGACCGUGUGGCCCUCCCGCGAGUUCUGGCACAGGUUGCGAGUUAUAAGGACUCAGCAUCACACAGAGGCACUCGUUGAGCACCGCAACGGCCAGGUCGUGGUUUCUGCAUCCACACGUGAGUGGGCUAUUAAAAAGCACCUGUACAGCACCAAGAACGUGGCGGCCUGCGAGAACAUAGGACGGGUGCUGGCAGAGCGAUGCUUAGAGGCGGGAAUCAACUUCAUGGUCUACCAGCCCACGCCUUGGGAGGCAGCCUCAGAAUCGAUGAGACGACUGCAGGAGGCUGUGACAGAAGGGGGUGUGGUGCUUCAGGAGCCUCGGAGGAUUUAUGAGUGA